CUGCUCGCUUUGAUAAUGGAGAGUGACAGUGAAGUUUCAUCACCGGUUGAACCGAGAAAACCGAACCGAAACCUGGAAAAUCUGCUGUUUUUUAAAGUGUACAAGCGGAGGUGGUUCGUUCUGCUGUUGCUGUGUCUGUUAAACUGCUCAAACGCCACCAUAUGGAUAUCCUUUGCACCAGUAGCAGAUGAGUCUGCCAAGUUCCUGAAAACCAGUCUGGACCAAAUCAACUGGUUAUCCAUGGUCUACAUGGUGGUGGCCAUACCGCUCAGUUUUGGGACCACCUGGAUGCUGGACAUGCUUGGCCUACGGAUAACGCUGAUUUUGGGGUCCUGGCUGAACAUGCUGGGAGCCCUGCUGCGUGUCCUUGGGGUGGUGCUGGAGGUGCCUGGGGCUGUGUACCCUGUAACAAUGCUGGGUCAGACCUUUGGGGCUGUGGCCCAGCCCCUGAUGAUCUUCACCCCCACCAAGCUGGCAGCACUGUGGUUCCCCGAUGACCAGCGUGCCAUCGCCAACAUGAUCGCCUCCAUGUCUAAUCCUCUGGGUAUCCUGCUCGCAAAUAUCAUCUCACCUAAACUGGUAACAACGUACACUCAAAUCCCCACCAUGGUGCUUGUAUAUGCAGUCCCAGCAUGCAUCAUCUGUUUCCUAGCAACAGUGGGGUUACGGAGCAGUGCACCCCCCACGCCGCCGUCAGCCAGCGCUCAGUUUUCCACCUCCGAACCCUUCUUACAGGGGAUCAAGCUGUUACUGAAGAACAAAGCCUACCUCAUCCUGCUGCUGUGUUUUGGGUCAGGGAUCGCUGCUUUCACCUGCUUCUCCACGCUCCUGGAGCAGAUCCUGUGCGUUCGUGGUUACACCAACGACUUUGCAGGACUGUGCGCCGCCCUCUUCAUCGUCUUUGGCAUCCUCGGCGCCGCCUUACUGGGUCUCUACGUCGACAAGACUAAGAAGUUCAUUGAGGUCACCAAAAUCAACCUGGGCCUGUGUGCUCUGAUGUGCAUCGCCUUUUCAGUGGUCUCUCUAAUGCGGCAGCAGGAAGUCGCCGUUGCCACCAUUUGCGCUCUGUUUGGGUUUUUUGGAUUCUCCACUUACGCGAUUGCCAUGGAGCUCUCUGUGGAAUGCUCCUAUCCAGUUGGAGAAGCCACUUCGACAGGACUCAUCUUUGUGUCAGGGCAGGUUCAGUCCGUCCUCUACAUCCUCCUCCUCCAGGCUUUGACCACACCCCUCGCCGAUUCGCCUCUGUCCACCUGCGGAGGUGCCGUCCUGAGCUGGAAGGUGCCGAUGCUGGUGAUGGCGGGACUGUGCACCUUCUUCAUCUGCUGCUUCAUCCUUUUUUUCCACACAAACUACAAACGACUGGAAGCAGAACAACACUCCUCCAACGGCAGCACCACCCCCAACUAUGGCGUCACCACCAGCCAAUCCAAAUAAAGUGCAUGGAACGUGGACGACAGCGGAAUUAUGGGCAAUUACGUCAUGGCGACCAGCAAGAUCCUACAACGCUUCUAAUUUAAAUUUUAUAAAUAAGUCAAAUUAAGAAAUCCACCUUAGUUUUAUUAGUAUUAGUAGCUAUUAUUAGUGGAUAAGUGGUAUGUGCACAUCAUGCUGGCAGGCUUUGCCGUGCCUGAGCCAUCUCGAGGUUCCCUCAUAUGCACUCAGUUUUGGAUCCUGUUUAUGCCACCUUCAGAAUAUGUAAAUUGCACUCAGAUGGCGCUCAGACCGCCGUCGGUUAGUUGUCCCAUCUUGAUGGCGCCCGGAGAGUUUUGAACAUGUUCAUCACACUCGGGGCCGCCGGCUGAUUUUGACCAAUGAUGUGGACCCUUGCAGAUGGGUGUCAGAACGUUUUGGAACUGAAACCCGACACUUUGUAUGUGGGCUGAUUCAUCAUUCUGACGUCAUCCUGCACGAUUCUGGCUAUGCAUGACGGGGGUAUUAAUUAAAUGUUGGUUAAGAUCCACUGGUGGAAAGAGGUUAGCAAAUGAACUUCUUCAACAUUUAUAAGUUAAACUUUUCAAUUUAAGACAUUCCUGCACUUUCAUUGGACUAAACAUUUUAUAAGUAUUAUUUUUUUUUUAUAUUUUUUUGUCUCAGAUAUUUGAGGUUUCCUAACAAACACCACUGGAAUUUCACAGAAAAUAAUUGUUACAUGUACUUUUUAUUGUGACUGAUUUUCCCGUCUGCUUGGAGACGCCACACCUUCAUCAAGGAAGAAUGGUUUGAGAUUCAUUGAUCAUGCUGGACAAAUUAUAGUCAAAUAUAUUGUUUUUCAGCACUGAUUCAGUUAAAAUUGUGACGAGCACAAUUUAAGACCAACUUCACAUACAGUUUCUUGAGUGGCUUUUUGUUACUUUUGUUUUUAAAAGAUUCCAUGAAAUUUAUUUAGUAUCAGAUUCUUUGUUUAUAGUGAUUAAAUGUGCCUUUACAGGACUUUACAGAUAUACACUAUAAUGUUCCACUAAUUCUUUUUCAGUGUAAAAGAAAAUGGAUUUUAUGAUAUUACACAUCUAAAUUGUGGUUUUUAUGGAAAAAAAAAUUUACUACAAAUGUAAAAA